UCCACAAAUAUGUAGAAAAUAUUCGAUAGAGAACACUCUCUACAAAAAAAACUACAAAGCUCGCUCUAAAAACCAAAAGAAAAAACAAAUUAAUUUUAGCUUGACAAAAAACAUCAACAACAAAAGAACACAAAAAAUCUUCAUAAAUAGUAUCAAUGGUCCCACUGUCAACACAAACCCGACUAUGAAUAUUUGUUAAUUGUGUAGUAGAAUGUCUGAUAUUUGUAAGAACUUUUAAAGAAAAAACAAAUUUGUAAGAAAAAUAUAAUUAUUGAUGUUGUGAGUUUGCGGGUGGACGUUUGGUAAGUUAAAAAGUGUAUAUUGAUUGAAUAUUCAGAGAUUCUUAUAUUACAAUGGUAAGAAAUAUUUUUAACUAACUUAUAAAAUCUCUUAAUGAUUCCGAUGGAAAAAAUGUUAUAGCUUCCUGCGGAUAGAAACUGUCUGAUGUUGUAGCUAUUUGUCAUAGUUGUGGAGCCGGAAGUCUCAACGAUGUUGAGGAUCAGCUUUGCAUUUAUAAACUGGAUGUCUUUUUUUUUAUGAGGGAUUUGCUAUUUUAUGUAAGUAAGUCGUUGACAACCUUUGCGGCCAAAGCUUUUAUGAUCUCUUGUAAUGAUCGCAACGCUCUUACGCGGACUCGAAAUAAGAUCUACUGUUUUCUCUAAACUCGUUUGUUAUCUUUUCAUGAUUUCCGCAUAUAUUUGGUCACUUGUCGUUGGCUCUCGCAGAGAUCCGGAACCUCUGGAAAAUUAAGGUUUUUCUAGUUUCCCAAUUUAAACGGAAAUCGAUAGUGCGAAUUUCGGUUCCCACAUUUGUACUAGGAACAAAUGACGAUGUAGGUUUUGGAGCAUGAGCUGACAUAGCCGUUUGAGGAGAAUACACAUUUCUUUUUCGUGUCACUCAAGGAGAAAAACUAUGAAGUUUGUAACAACAGUCUUUGAGAUGACCUAUUACUCCAUAGUGGAUACAAACAUGACGAGGCCUUUGAUGAUAAGUGGGAUUACAGAUAUACUUCCAUCAUAGUGAGAAGUAUGAGCUGAAUUUUAUUUUCCACUGGAAGCACAUAUCCUUUAGCCGUAGCUCCAACAUUUUUUUGACUUUGAUCCUCGUCUAACAUGUUUUAUAUGAAUCUCAUAUUGAGAUAAUGAUUAUUGUUCAUAAUUUGACCACAAAUGUUCACAUUAUAUUUGUUUGACCCCCACUAAGAAAUUGGAUGGUUCUACUUGUUUAUGCUUUGUCCAAGAGUUCAUUAACCUUUCCAAACUUACAAUUACAGUGGUACUUGCAAAGUACUGCCAAUAGUCUUUCAUCUUUGUAUAAGAGGCUGAUGGCUCCAUUAGUCAUUGAUAUAGAUUCUAAGAUUUAGUGGUCUAGUUGAAGAUUCUAGGUACGUUCCUAACUUGAAAUCUUUUGAAUAGAUCUGACAAAAUCUUAGGAGCAUCAUGGCAUACAAUAUGAUAUCAUAUAUUUCCUGAUUAACAACAUGCCUAUAGAAGCCAUGAUUUAACCUUACUAUUUCAUGGAUUCCAGAACUUGAACAAUGAAUCAGAUUCAUAUGGUCUUGGCAAAGAUCCGUCAAUGAAAUUCCAUUUUCUUAGAUUCUAAAGCAAUGGUCAUCACAAACUUCCAACUUUUGUAGUUCGAUCUGCGGGUGUGUGAGACUUGAGAGAAGCGAAGAUGAUUUGCAGCGUUUAAGAAGUAUGUACUGUGAGCUAUCUAUCCAGAUUUGAGGAGAUGAUAUGAUCCAUGAAUAGCUGUAUUUGAGGAGAUAGAUUGCUCUCAUAGUUGAUUCCAUGACUUGUCAUUUUAUUACGAUGGGGUUCUAUUUAAUAUUCUAGUUUGUGAGAUUGUGAUCUUGCAACGUAAAAUAUACGUGGGUGGUGUAGUAAUUUAUAAGUUGACUUUUGUUUCUAGCUGUGUUCAUAGCUUUUAUAAUAAUACCUUUAUCUGUUACUAAUUGGCCAGGUCAAGACUCUAUUACUCUCCCGUAAAUGUCUCCCUUACAGAUUUAAAGAGGCAAAGAGAAGAAUCCAACCCUCGAGCUAAGAAUAUACGUCACUGACGUCAGCCAUGUCAACGUUGGAUUCUUCUCUCUGCCUCUUUGCAGCUCUAAAUAAUGGAGACAAUAUUUAGUUAUCCAUCAACGAGGAUGCAGCUUUCGAAGGCUUAUAGACUCUAUAAAUACUUUAACAAUAUUCUCUUUCCAUUACAUAGAGAAAAACUUUAGGAUAGCGCUAAAAUUUUUUUUAUCACAAAUGUAGAUUCUAAAGAUCAAAAUGACCAAAAUAUUUCAUUAAAAAUCUAAGUAUAUAUUUAUACCUUUAGGGUUAACUAAUCUAAAUCUUAGGGUUUAUAGUUAAAGGGUGAGAAUUUGGGAUUGAAGUUUAAAAUUUUAUAAAAUAAAAAAUAAAUAUUAAAAAUAAAAAUAAAAAUUUGAAAAAUAGUUUUAAAAAGUAUUUUCGAAUUAUAAAAAUAAAUUUUGAAAAACAAAUUAAAAAAAAAUUGAAAAAAAUAUAAGAAAUGAUGUUUAGUGUUUCAGUAAUAGGAGGUUAUCCUACAAAAUAACACAAACGUAUAUAAUUUCGAAUGUUGAAAUUAUUUACAUGUGAAUACUCACUCUUUAUGAAUUUGGUCUCGUCUAGAACAUGUUACCUUCCCAACAUCUUGUGCUUCUGUUUUUUUUUUUCACUAGCUACAAAAUCACAUCCAUGCGGCUGGACUCCUCGAACGAACAUCACAUCAUCAGUAAUCAUCCAUGUACUCCAGGCAUAGCGUAAAUAAAAGGCUGCAUGGAACAGGAAAAUGACCUAUUUAAACAUGAAAGUUACGGUUGCGUUUUUUUUCUUCGAAUUUUGUAUUACUGCAUGUUUCAUAGUGAACUAAACAAAAUUUUAAAAAUAUUAUAUGAACUUUACGUGUCGUGUCUUUUUUUUCUUGAACUUUAUAGUAGUGCAUAUUUCAUACUGAAUUAAACAAAAAUUCAAAAAUACUACAUAAACUCUCAAUAUUGUGCCUAUAUAUAUUAAUUGUCUAAGAUGUUAAGUCAACCAUUAAUUUAUCAAAAUGACGUCUUUUUGAUAAAUAUUACAUGAAACUCUCAAAAUCGUGCAUAUAUAUAAAAAAUAAAUUUAAAUAUUCAAAAAAUGUUAUUAAUUUAAAUUAUUAAUUUAUUAAUAUUUUUUAGUUUUAAAUAUCAUUUUGAAAUUUAAUUUUAUUUUAAAUGUAACAUCACAAAAUUCUAAAUUUAACAAUAUAUUUUCAUUUUUAGUAAUACUAUAAACUAAGUAUUUAAAUUAAUAAUAAUUAAUUUAAAUUUAUAAAAAAUGAUUUUUAAAGUUAAAUUUAAAAACAAAAAUAAUUAUAGAUUUAUUUGAUAAAAUUACACCAACAUAAAUUUGAUAACAUUUAUUUGAUUAAAUUAAAACUUAUAUAUUAUUUAAUGUUUACACAAUUUAUAAAAGAAGGUUACUUUGGUCUAUCAGUUAAUAUGCUUUUACUUGUCCACCAGUACGAGAGUUAAAACAUUCCAAAAUUAAUUUUAAAUCCAAAUGACGUCGUUUUGAUAAAUUAACGGAUUACUAUCACCUUUACGAUUUUAAGAGUUUAUGUAGUAUUUUUAAUUUAUUUAGUUUUGCAUAAUUUAUGCAAAAUAAUGUCGUCUUGAUAAAUUAACGGAUGACUAAGACCUUUGCUGACAAUGUUCUAAAAAUCGCUAGACGGUAAGUAGGCGCUUUAUAGAGGACUAGCGCCUAGACGGAUUAUUCGGCGCCUAGGCGAAGCCUAGACGUUAGCAAAUUAUUGAUUUAUUUUAUAUAUUUUAUACAUUUAUAUGACAUAUUUUAGUUUUUAAGUUUAAUUAUAAAAUUAUUGUAAUGACGUAUCAAAAUUAUAUAUACAAAACAGAAGAAAGUAGACAAAUUUGUAGAUUUGUAAUAAUAUUAUUCUUCAAUUUAACAUAUAUAGACGACAAUUUUAGAUCGAUUUUAACCAAUUUUAAUCGAUUUAGAACAUUUUAAACCAAUUUGAAUCAUAUAAAUCGGUAUAAAUCAGAUUUUAAAAAAAAUCAUUUCGGAUAGAACCGAGUUGCCGCCUAGACCGAUUUUUAGAACCUUGUUUGACGAUCAAUAUAUAUAAGCACUAGUUCGAGAGUUCAUGUAAUAUUUUUGAAAAUUUUUUUAUGUUCAAUAUAAAAUAGUCAUUACUAUAAAAAGUCCAUGAAGGAAAAGAUACCACGCGUAAAGUUUAUAGAUUAUUUUUGAAUUUUUGUUUAGUUCAGUAUAGAGUGUGCAAUACUACAAAGUUCAAAAAGAAAAAAACAUGAGUAGUAAAAUUUACAUUGAAAUAGGCAUUUUUCCCGUCAAUCAACAACACACUAUCAAAAUUGUAAUGUUUUCACUAAUAUAAGGUCACAAAAUUGUAAUGUUUUUUGCAACCUAAAAUUUUGUCCUCUUUUGGCUCAUUUAGUAAUUAACAUCCGAUAAAAUCCCACUAUAUAAAAGCAGCUAAAUUGGAGCUUUUUUAGAGGUGCCACAUAGACAAAAAAAUUGAGAACCAACCAAUCUGCCAUGUCAUCCCGGACUGGGCUUGAAAGACCAACUUUCACAGCCCAUUAUUACUAAAUUUCGAAGCCCAUUUACACCAUUCUCAGCAUUCCAUUUUAACAGCCCAUUAUUACUCAAAUACUAAAGGCUCUAACCCAUUAUUACUCAUAUACUAAAGGCCCUAAAACAUAAUCCCUAACCCAUUGAUACUAAAAGCCCUAAAACAUAUAAUUUUCUAAAAACUGAAGAUCAUUCAUCCUCACCCUAACCCUAAUCACUGACUCCUUCUCAUCGUGAUUCUCUUCCUCUUCAUCUCAUCUUCAUCUUAAAUAUUAUUAUUUUUGAAUGAAAACAUUAUUAUUAUUGAAACAUUAAUUAUUUAUCCAAAACUCUAAUAAACAAAAUAUAUAAAUUGUUAAUGCACUCUAUUGUUUGCAAUAAAGUUUUUCAUAUUACUUCCCUUUUCCAUUUAAUGUACAAAUACAAAUAUAGAUUUUCUUUUUAUCUAGAAAAUGUUUUUUAAUUUAACAUACAAAUUAUGAACCGUUUGACCAUGUUUAUCAUAAAUUUGGUUAUAUAUAUAUAUAUAUUUAGUUUUAAUAUAUUCUUCAUUAUUUACAUCUUAUUAGUUUUAAACCAUACAAAAAAAACAUAUAUUAAUUGCAUAUUUUAAAACUUACUUUAUAUUUUAAAACGAUUAAAGUCACAAUGACCAAUUAUUUUUCAGCACCAUCAAAAACUCGAAAAACCCUAUACAACCGAAAUUUUAUUUCCAUAUAUUGUGAUAAAGAAGGAAAGUUUUGAUAGAAUGACCAAAAUGUUUCAUUUAAUAGGUAAAAUGACCCUUAUACCCUAGAUAUAUAAAACUUAAUUAAAAAAUAUUAAAAACAUUAAAAAAUAAAAAAAUAAUUAAGUAAUAGUCUUAGAUUAUACAUUUUCAAAAUACAAUUCUUUUAGUUGAUUUUUUAAUUGCAAUUUUUCACUAUUUUUGUUUUCAAUUUAUCUUUUUGUAAUUCUAGCCGAAAUUCACAACAAGUGGAGCGACAACCUCGGACCGCAACUAAUUAUCGCUAGGAUCAUUAGGAUGUGGCCCAUUUCAAAUCACACAAAUAAAAAUGCUUUCCUAGGAACAACUUUCAUUUAUCUUGAUAUCUAGGUUUGUCUAAAAAAUACUUACUUUUAAUUAUUCCAACAACAUUUCAAAUAAUUGCUUUUAACCACUCAACAGGAACAAAAAAUGGAAGGGCGGGUGCCUAUUUCUACGUCUGACACAAUGUACCAACGGUUCAAGGAAGGGAAAAUUUAUCACAUUAGAUAUUUUAAUAUUCUUCCCAAUAACCGACGGUACAAGCUUACACUUCAACCAUACAUAAUCAAUAUCAAUGAGACAACAAUUAUAACACUGAUUCAAGAAAACAUUCCACCGAUUCCUUCAUACAUUUUCCGGCCCCAAUGCUAUCCCCAGUUAAUCAGCUUAGCAAGUGCAACCAACUUCCUCCCAGGUCAAAAAAAAACCCAUACCUAUCACACAUACAAAUAAAUUCUCUAUUUUUGUCGCUAAAAACAAAUUAUUCCCACAAAUAUUGUUGGCCGCAUAUGCCUCAUCCAAGGAAGUGAUUUAUAUAACCACAACACAGAUACAAAAGUCAUCAUUAGAUUGCAUUAAGCAAUAAAUAUAUAAUAUAAUAAUUUUUUGUAGAUCCAAAUUGGUCCGUCUAACUAUAUGGGACAAUGAGGCGGCUAUUUUCAGAGAGUUAAAUAGCAUAUCUACCAGGAAAAACCAAAUCGUAAUCAUCACAAGUAUCAUUCCAAGGUUACAUGAAGGUAAUCAACUAAACAUAAAGUUUAUGUCUAACUAAAUGCUUACAAAUAUUUUACUUUUCAGGGAAACUAUCACUCACAACCACACCAAGAUUGCGCUUUUACUUUGACAACGACAUAGAUAUCAUACAACGCUUUCAAAAGAGGAAUAAGCUAUUAUCCUAAGCCUGAUGGCAUACCUCCACAUGGGAUCAAACCACAAGACAGAACACCAGUCAACUGUUUUAAAUUUUACACUUCAAUGCAAACAACCAUAUAUUUUUCAAACUUGCUAUUGUUUAGAAAACAGAAACUGAUCACCGCAUCGCAUUCAAACAAAAACUCUAUGGUUAAUUCUACAACGAACAAAACUUAACGUCCAAUAUCUGAUACUUAAAACUACAAAAAUAUAAAAAUUUACUUUAAUAAAACAUAUUAUCCGCGCGAAGCGCGGACCCCGGCUCUAAUAAUAAUAAUAAUAAUAAUAAUGAUAAUAAUAAUAAUAAUAAAAUAUGUCUUUAUUUGAGUUCUCUUUUUCUUAUAUGUAGAAUAUCCCAAAUACCAAGUCUUAUACAUCUGUUCCUGGAUGUAUGAAAUUGUGCUAGUGGGACAGCACUCGACAUAGACAUGUUUACUAUAUUUCCUUGGAAAAUUGUCUAAAUAUUCGCAUAUUUGAGAUAGAUAUAUGUUCGUGGCACAUCUAUAUGUUUUAAUACAUUUUGUUGAACUCUUUGCAAGAAGAUAGCUCCUUUUAUUCAGUUACCGUUACUUAUUCGAACUCUUUCUUAGAACAUAUGUUGGUAGAAGUGUUUGACAAGAAUUUGGUGCGUAAUAAGACGAUAUGUAUGAUGUAUCCUACAAAGCUACAACAUGGACAUAGUGUCUAUCUUUCUAUAAUUUGGUAUAUAUAAAACUAACGUUGACUCGAGAUAUGCCAUCCAUGUUAUCUUUCUAUAGUUUUAUAACAUUUUAAUUAUAGAAGAUUGUCCACACGCAAACUUGUAUAUAUCUUGUGAAGAUAGUAAAAGGCAAGACAUUCUAAAAAUGGCUUGUUCAGAGUUGCAAAGAGCCAUAGAGAACCCAGUUCUUGAGCUCAAAAUUGUAUCAGCCAGCGACCUCAGCCAUGUCGAUGCCACUGACAAGAUGGACGUAUACGCCGUCGUUUCAAUUCACGGCGAAGGUACUCACAAGACACAAACGGCCAAAACACCCAUCGACUACGACGGUGGUUUGAAUCCGACGUGGAAUCACACCGUUAAGUUUCCCUGCAACGAAGAAGAAGGCCGUGAAGGCCGGUUAACCCUCAAGGUCGAGUUAUUUAGCUAUUUGCUCGAACGGAAGGAAGACCUUUAUCUAGGAGAAGUCAACGUCUCGGUUAAGGAACUUUUUGCCUCAGAUCCACGGCCGUUUGGAAACGGUAACGUCCAUAAAAUGAAGUCUAUGACUUGCCCUAUCAAAGUCACAGAGGAAGGAAGUACCAACGCAAGGUUGUGCCUCUUGUACCGGUUUAAACCACUGCCGGUUGAUGAUUCGUGUCCUCCUGUACCUCAGGAUCAUUCCCUCUCGAUCGGUCAACCCGUUUAUCCAAACCCGGAACCAGCAAUACCAGGUCAGCCUGUCGUAUUUUCCCCUCGGUUUCAAACCACCACGACCAAACUGAUCCUUGAGAUUGUGAUCAAGUUUGCCAAAGACAUUGAAGAUGUCAACGCCUUCUCGGCUAUGGACGUAUAUGCUUCAGUUGCGAUCCUUAAAGACAGGAAAGUUAAGGACAGGAUCAAUACCCCUGUCGCUUUCUCCGCAAAUACAAACCCUAAAUGGAACCAGACGAUUAAGUUUUCACUCGAUGAGAAGUUAGCUCAAGAAGGGCGUUUGAUGCUCCUCGUGGAACUGAUGAGCCACAGGCCUUUUCUUGGUGAUAAGGAAAUCGGGUUCGUCAGACUUCCAAUGAAACAACUAUUAGGCUCAAACCCUCCAGCCAGUGGUGAUGCUAACGGUAUGAAGCUGGAAACGCACGCUUUGACGGGUCCUUAUGGGAAAAAAGGUGUCGUGAGCUUCACUUAUAGGUUUCUUGCAGAACAACUUAGGGUUUCAACGGUUCCAACACCGUCGACAACAUCCCAACCAUAUAUCAUGUAUCUACCGGUCUCGCCUCAUUCAUACUCGUCAUCAGAUCCGAUACAGUUGACCUCAAGUUAUGUGACUGUUCAACAAGGUAAAAAUGCUGGGCAGGGUAACGGACUAGUACCAAUAUAUAUGUCGCCUCAAUAUCAAUCACAUGGAUAUCAACAAUAUUCACCACGAAAUCCGCAGCCACCACCGCAACAUUCGCAGCUUAAGCCACUGACUCGGGAGCCGUUCUCUCAGUCAAUGCCGGAUACACAAGAAGCAUAAACUUGUUGUACUCGUCUUAACUAUUGCGUGGAAAAUAAAAUGAUCUCAGUUUGAUAUGUAUUUUUAAAUGCUUGGACCAAUUUUCCUUCUUUUACUUUCAGUUGAUUUGUGUUGUUCCUCUCUCCAUUAUCUUGAAACUUAAUAUUUGCCAAGAGAAAUUUUCCAUCACUCUUUUUUCAUGAUA